AUGGCGCGAAUAAUCCAUCUCGCGAGACUGCGUAUAGCAACUCAAUACCGUCGCCCGCACCGUUACAGAAACAAGAACAAGAAGCGAGCUGCGCGUCGAAACCUUCAGAUCGCAAGAGAGCUCACGAGAAACACACGAUCAAGCAGCCUACGCGUUCAGGUCAAGCCCGUGUACUCCCGUCCGCCUCGAAUGACGACAUCGAAGAGCGACGACUUCCCAAGUACCCAAGAACGCGAAGAGUUCGACUGGGCGAGUGUCACUCCUCCGCCUUCGGCACAAUAUGCAUUCGCAGAUGCCGUUACAUCUGCUUUGCUCAAGGCCAUGCCGUUGAUUGCGAGCAACGCAGUCCUUGACUCCUUUGGCGCAACGUCUCUGUGGGCAGACCAAGAAACCGUUGGCCCCGUCAUUGAGGGAACACUUCGCUACGACAUCUUGCACAGUUUGAGCGACAUCGUGGCCUCAGCUCUUCUAGAAGCCGCUCCGGCCUUUCGACGCGCACGCACACCAUGUCAGCCGUUGCACCAGACCGCUACCGCCGCAUCCUCUGCUAUGCUAUCUCCGGUAGAACUACCAGAGAGAAGACUCCCGGAAGACCAGGCCGGUCUACUGCCACGUCCUGCGACCGCGCCAUCGACUGAACGUGCCCCCCAAGAAUCAACCACCAGCAAGGACCAUAGAGACAAACGAGACCGCUGCUGCCCGGAAUGCCCACAGCUGAUGACUCGAGGGGUAUGGUACGAUCAUAUCCGAACAAAACACAUCGGCAACACAUGCAUUUGGCCCGGUUGCCAUGGGGUGACGAUGGCCAACGAGGGUGACCUCCGUCUUCACGUCCGCGGGCAUCAUAAGGACGCUCUGACUGCAGCCGCUGCUGCACCUGACGACGGCGGCGACGGCGGCGACGGUCUGUACCUCUGCACGUGGCCGGGAUGUGCGAAAUUCAUUGCCAGCAAUGGGCGAGUCCAGAAGCAUUUGUACGAGCACCAAGUACGAGCUCGCCGCGCAAAAGAUCGGGUUUUGGACGACAUGUAUGUUGCGAACUGGGAGGCACGAGGGCUGGGAGAGGCAGACCAGGAUAAUGCCGAGGGCGUGAAUUAA